AUGGUUAGGCUUGCAGAGGUGUCGGAGCCUUCUCAACACUUUUCUGAUCAUCAUUACGAAAGAAGGGUACCGCAUGAAGAAGAAGACUUCUCUUCAGCUGAUGUUGGUAGAUUUCUGUUGGAUCUUUCCGAAGAAUUGAAUCUUUCCAACAACGAAGUCUUUGCUCCUCCACCAAGCCAUAACAGGUCGGAACAUGAUGAGUCGUUGAAUUUGGAUUUUAUGGAAAACAUGUUUCAUGGUGAUGAUGUCAGCGAAAACAUCAACAAUACCAAUCAAAGUAAUCAAAAUCCUAGCCUGUCAAAACAAGAGUGUGAUGAGUCAACUCAAGAGCAAGAAUGCAAUCUCACAAGAGAACAACACGAAGAGAGUUGUCAAAAUAUAAUUUCUAACCAAAGCAACACCAAUACGAACUCUCAACAACAAGAACAACCAUGUACUCUAUCACAACGAGCUAAUCAUUCGACACCAUCACCUAUCACUGGUGAUGAUACAAACAUUAUGGAGGAUGAAGAAUCUAUUCUUUUCAACAAAAGUAUUGCGACUCUGAGGAGCAGCAACAUUUUUAAUAUGACGACUAAAUCCCUAGGUUCAGACUUUAUCCCAUCUUCCCCUCUUCUCUCAACCCAAUAUUUUGGAGAUUUUGAUGAUGAGCUAUCAUUUUCACAUAAAUCAAACAAGAGAAAAGAAGAGAUACAACCAAAAGCGAGAAAAAGAGCAAAAAAGAACAUUAAGAAAAUUCAGAAAAAUUCUGUAAUAGAGCUGUCAGAAAGUGAACAGUCUGAUAUUAGUAAUGAAGACAAUGAAAAUGAUGAAACAUUGAAAAUCAACCGUCCGAACAGAACUCCAGAAAUUACUGAAAAGGAUAGGUUACACUUUGGCGAUGCCUCUAAAUGGAAUGAUAUUAAGGAUGCUAGUUUUUCGGAAAAAGGCAAAAGAAUUUAUGGGUAUAUUGAACCAGUACUGACAACAUACGAAAAAAGAUUAGACUGUUCAUGCACUAAAACCCAUAGACCUCCUCAGUGUGGAAUUUGUGGAAAUGGUAAAAACGAUGAGGCUGCAGAAUCAAUUUGUGCAUCUUCUAUGGGAGGCUACGGUGAUGAGGAUUAUGGAAACAUCUUAAUUUAUACAGGGCAAGGAGGUUCAGAAACUAAAGAUCAAACAAUGAAUAGUGUCAAUAAGAGUUUAACUUUGAACCUAACAAAAAAAAUACCAGUACGUGUUGUGCGAGGUUUUCAAUUACAAACCAAGUAUGCCCCAAAAUCUGGUUACAGAUAUGAUGGGUUGUAUUGGGUUACAAAUUAUUGGAAAGAGAACCAAGUGCUUCCAAAUGGAAAGCAAGGUGCUAAAGUCUUCAGGUUCAGAUUGCAAAGCAAGUCCGACAAUCCUAUUAGUAAUUCUGAAAGAGGUAAACGUAGAGGACGCAAGAGAAAGGCGAAAGAAAUCAAAGUAGACCUUGAAGAGACUGUUGAGAGUGAAGAUCAUUCUGGUAUCAUUCAGGAUCGUGACGAAAUUGAAGAGCAUUGCAUUCUUUCGAGACAGAUGAAGGGAAAAGGAAAUUCUUUUUUGAAAACUCCUCUAAAGAACAACGAUCAGUAUUAUUUUAGAGAAAGAGAACAAGCUAUCACCAAAUAUUCUCAAAAGUAUGGACAUGUAACAACCCAAUACGAUAGAGCUCAUUUAUUUAAUCCCUUGCAGGAUAUUCGAUUUAUUAAUAACAGGAUCAUCCACAACACCCAUUGUAACACUCAUGACCAAGUGAUUACGAAUCCAUCACAUUUGUCAAGUCCUCAAAAAUCCCUCAUGCAUUGGCAUGGCUCAUCCUCAGAAUUCACAGAAUUACCUCUGUUUUUUCGGAAUGAACCUGAUGGAAUUUUUAUUGAAACUCCAGAGCAACAACUUCGAUAUGUGUACAGAUAUGGACGAUCGAUAGGAAAUGAUCUAAAUAUCAUAGAUAAUAUUGAGAGAGUUGUGAAUACAAUGAUAACACGACCAGCAGAUAUCGAAGAAGAAGGAAAUUUAUCAAACCAGUUAAUACCUGUGGAACCUUUAGAUAACAAUGAAAAUACUGAGAACAAUACCUUUAUAUCAGAAGAUAUUGCAGAAAAGGAGGAAAUCAUUUUCCAGCCUUUCACAAUUCAAAAAAUUUGUGAUAUCUGUGACAAUGGGUUCAUGAUUUCGACCUCCUAUAUGCUUUCAGAAAUCAAUACUAAGUAUUUCUUGGAGAUUCUAUGUGCACAUUCGUUUGGGAAACGACAAUUUCGCCCUGAAUUGAAAUAUCAAGAUUUAUUGCUACUGAUCGAAAAGUUCCUUAUGAAAGAACGUGAAAUUUUGCAAAAUGAAAUCUCGUCUCAACAGGAGAACCUUGACAUCCAAGAUCAAACUUCUUUGAAAACAAUCCUGCAAGACAGAAAGCUGGAACACUUUAACAGAAUUAACGCCAUCCUUAAAAAACUCUAA